AUGUCUGGUCGAUAUAUCUUGAAGAGCGGCUAUGGACAAGUCGGCCGUCGUCCCCGGAUUCUCGAGGACAAUCUUCCUUCAGAAGCUCACUCGACUCAACAUAUGCUAACCAACUCACUCGAUCAACCAAAGCCGCCUUUCGCUUCAACGAAUGCUCUUCUAUCAUGGCCUCCCCUUCCGUCAAAUGAUGCAUCCAACAGCACGCUAUCCAUCAAUUUCGUUCCUUCCAAAUUCUCGACCGCCCUUCUCAGUUCGGAACGACCCCGGCGUAGGAAACGUAGAAAUGACGCUGGCGAUUUCCUUACUUCGGGAGGAGGUAUCGAAAUAUCAGACGACGAGGACGGAUUUUUAAAGGGUCAUAAAGACAGUAGGAACUUACGCUGGAAUAAAUUCAAGUGGAUUCUGUUCCUUGCCAACCUGCUUUUUACCCUCUACUCCCUUGCAAUCCUUGUCAUCACUUUGCUUUUAUGGUUCGAUGUUUUCCAACUCGCAGACGUUAUCCGCGUCGGAAACAAAACCGAACUCAUUCUCUCUACACUAGCAGCUGCGUUUGGCCUUUUGACCUCAGUCAUCGGAUGGGCUGGAAUCCUACUCAAUAAUCGAUCUUUCCUUGCUACUUACACGUUUCUACUGUGGAUCACCUUCGCAUUCCUCGUCGUCCCAGGAUAUGUCACGUACAAACGCCGCGCAUUCAAUCUGGAAGGGAAACUCAACCUGCAGUGGUCCAGGGACCUCGCCGAGGCUGGUAGAUUGCGGAUACAGAACAAACUUGCGUGCUGCGGGUACUUCUCACCUUUUGUGGAAGCCACGAUCAGCCAAACAUGCUACUCUCGUUCUGUUCUACCGGGGUGUAAAGCAAGGUAUCUCGAUUUUGAACGUAAGGUCCUUGACCGGUGGUAUCUAAUAUGUUUUUGUAUCGUCCCCGCACAUAUUGCGGUCAUGGUUGCCGGCUUGUUAUGUUCCAACCACGUAACCCGUCGUUUUGGUAAAGGAAUGAUGCCCAAAGCUUACCGCAUCGGCUCGCAUAAUAUGGCUGCGAUAGUUCAAAAUUGUGCGAAUCAACUCUCCGAACAAUAUGGUCUCGAAGUUGCUUCAACCUUUUUAUCCAAGGCAGAGUCUUUGAAAACUGUCAAUCACUCAAAUCCUACUGCCCCUGAUUGA